UUUGACAUAACCCACUUUUUACAGUGCGUACCGUAGGUGCCUAUUUUCUUUUCUUUUGUGUUUUGGGUAUGUUUGUGUUGUAUUUUAAUACGUUUUACGUGAGAAAAAAGUCACAAGCAGGUUGAAUGCCUGGACGAUAAUGUCGUAGCUGAAUAUUUAGAUUAACUAGAAAGAAGAUUUAUCAAAAUUCAUGGAGUUGAAGGUCUGGGUUGAAGGAAUACAAAGGAUUGUUUGUGGGGUCACAGAGUCUACGACUUGUCAGGAUGUAGUUUUUGCAUUGGCUCACGCCACUGGUAAAGUUGGCAGAUUUACCCUGAUCGAGCGUUGGAGAAAUAAUGAAAGGUUGUUAGCUCCACAGGAAUAUCCAUUAAAGAUUCUUAUGAAAUGGGGGGAAUAUUCUAAUGACAUUCAGUUUAUAUUGCGGCGAUCAGACUCUAAUAAUACUCAAAUCCAGAAACCACAGUCUACUAACAAUUCAAGAUCACCUGUUGGAAAUGGAAGCCAUAAUAUAUCUAAUUCUAACAUACUGGACAGCCAGAACUCACCAAAUAGAUUGAACACAACACCACCUUAUAACAAUAACAUAAGCAAUGGGUCCCCUGGGAAUCCUGUUGGAGUGGUAAAAGGAAUACAACAAGCUAAAACACCAGAAUCUAAUAGUCCUUUAUUAAAAGAUGUGCCACCUUAUAGGGAUCCACCCCCACCAUAUCGCUCUCCCCCUCCUCCGUCUCAAACGCGCAAGUCCCCUAAUCGCAACCGUGACUCUCGUCCUGCACAUAUGUCUCCCGUCAACCUGCCAGAUGAGAAUUACGAUACUCGGAAUCCCGAAGCAGUCAGCUACAACAGCCAGUACAGGGAACUGGUUUCCCUUGUAAAUACACAGAGAGAGAAACUUUCUAGCCAACAAGUAGAUCUUAUUAAGUAUGAUGCAGAAAUUGGCUAUUGGGAGAACAAAGGUCGUGAGCAGGAGAGGCAGGUGGAAUUACUGCAGCAGCAAAUCAGCUCUGCUGACAACCAGCUACGGAUUAGCACUGAACAGGUUCAAGCUCUAAAUUACGUUGAGGAGGAGAGCGAAAUUGUGAAACAGAAUGAGAAGACUAUCAAGUCGGAAAUAGUUCUUGUGCGGUCAAAGCUGGCCAACUGUGAAACUGAACUGCUCCAGUGCAAGAACAAAAUUCGGAAGAUUAUGGAGGAAAUCCACAAUGAACAGAGGAUCAUAAGUAAUAGGCAGCAAGAAAACAGACAAGCAUUGGAACGAUCAAUGCUUGCCGAAAUGGAGAAUCUGCAAAGUCAGAUACAGCAAGCGAAGCAUGCCACCGAAAUCAACCAUCUCACUGCUGAGAACCUCAAGAGAGAGGUUGGUGUAUUAGAAGAUGCUAUAAUGGAAAAGAAGCGACAGGUAGAAAGAUUAGUUCAAGAGAUGAAAGAGGCAAACCUACAAAGUCUCACGGGCAGUGUGGACGAGCUUCGUCAUCCGUUAGAUGGUUUAUGUAAGGCUGGGAGCGCUCGCCGAAUAAUAGGGUCACCCAGACAGUUGGAAAAUGCUGCACCCACCAAUAAGAAUCCACAUGGAGUUUGGGUUUAGAUGUUGCUUUCUAAUAAGCAAAUAAUUGUCGAAUUCCCCCUAUUUACUUGUGAGAUCUUAUAUUGUACUUAUGUAUUCGAGAUAUGAAAUAUUACUCUACCACAAUAUAAUACAAAAACCAAUAUAUCGACAUCGAUUACUUGAUUAUUUAGUUUCUAAUUACUAGAAUUUGUGUUCAAAUUAGUGUCAUAUUGAAAAUUAUUGUCACAAAGUAAAGAGUGUGUAGUUUACAUUGAUGGAUAUUUUUGCCAAGUGUAAAAGUAUUAUUUUAUCUUGCCUUUCGUUACUUAUUUUAACUAUUAUUAAGUGAUUUAAUUAAAAUGUAAUGAAUGGGAGCAAAAAAAUUCUAAGUUACUAGAAUAUAACAGAUGUUGAUGACUUCCUUAUACAGUAUUCAUUUUUUUUUUAAAUAUAUUUUUGUUUGCAUAAUGUGAGAAUUUCCGUAUAUUUAAAUAUGAAGUUUUAUUAGAUUUGUUUUAUAGUGAAAAAUGGGUAAUUAAUUUCAUUUACUGUCUGAUUUAUAGACGGUAUAUACCAAGGAUAUUGUAUCUUACGUAAUAUCUUGCAAUAUAGCGUAAUUAUAUUGAUAGAAAUAAUCUAGUCGAAAAUAUAAGCCAUUGCAAUAUUUUAUAAAUCAACAUUAAAUUACAUUUUAGGACAAUGAAAUCAUGGCAUUUAUGAGAAAUCGAAUGGUAUUCAAAUUAGACAAGUGUAUGUAGUUAUUUAAAUAUAGUUGAAACUCAUUAUAAACAUAUUUAUAAAUUAGUAGUUUAGAUACAAUACUGGACCUAUGCGUGGUUACUGAUAGUAAGUUUAAGUAGACAAUUGAUAUUCAUGUAUUUAAAUAAAGUGUACUAAAUAAAUCAUAAUAUUGUUUUAUUUGGAAUUUGUACGUAUGCAAUAUCUAUAUGAUGCAAUGUAAUAAAUAUGGAAGUUCAAAUCAAAAUUUAUAUAAUCAUAAUUUAACAGGUUGUCAUUAUUCAUAAUGCCUCAAUUUAUCACUUGGUCCAUUACAUUACUUACACUCGGCGUAA